AUGACCGUCGUUAUCGGAGUCUUGGCAUUACAGGGUGCGUUCAUUGAACAUGUGCGACACGUAGAAAAAUGCAUCGUCGAAAACAGGGAUUUCUAUGAAAAAAAACUAUCUGUGAUGACAGUGAAGGAUAAAAAUCAACUAGCUCAAUGUGAUGCAUUGAUCAUACCUGGGGGAGAGUCGACUGCAAUGUCCCUUAUUGCAGAAAGAACAGGAUUUUACGACGAUCUCUACGCAUUCGUACACAACCCAAGCAAGGUAACCUGGGGUACUUGUGCAGGUUUGAUUUAUAUUUCACAACAAUUAUCUAACGAAGCAAAACUGGUCAAGACGCUGAAUUUACUAAAGGUUAAAGUAAAAAGAAAUGCAUUUGGGAGACAAGCUCAGUCUUCUACCCGGAUUUGCGACUUUUCAAACUUUAUUCCUCACUGCAAUGAUUUUCCUGCUACUUUUAUAAGAGCCCCAGUAAUAGAAGAGGUGCUGGAUCCUGAACAUGUGCAGGUCCUGUACAAAUUAGAUGGGAAGGAUAAUGGUGGUCAAGAACUAAUUGUUGCCGCUAAGCAAAAAAACAAUAUUCUUGCGACAUCAUUUCAUCCGGAAUUGGCAGAAAACGAUAUACGGUUUCACGACUGGUUCAUCAGAGAAUUUGUUCUUAAAAACUACAGUAAAUAA